CGAGGCGAGCGGCGCACACUCCCAACGGCUCAGCGUGAGGCGUGCGGGCUGGUUGAACUCUGGCCUCCGCGCUGAGACUAGCAAUGGUCCAGGUUUCACAAGCAUUAGUCGCCGGGGACUCCGACGCCUUCUUUGUGACUGUUCCUGCCGCCGCUGUAGGGCCCGCGGAAUGCGCACUACUGGCAGAGGGUGCUCAGGCUUGCCGACUGCCAGCUCCCGUCUGUGCAUCAGAAGUAACCGAGAGAUCUAGCAGAGGAGGAAUGAUUCUGAAUAACCUUUCUCUGUGCUACCAGAACAAACUCAUCUUAGCCCCUAUGGUUCGGGUCGGGACUCUCCCAAUGCGGCUGCUGGCCCUGGAUUAUGGAGCGGACAUUGUUUACUGUGAGUGCAGAGGCAUCAAACCUAGGGCCUUGAGCAUGCUGGAGCUGAUUGAUCUCAAGAUGCUUCAGUGCAAAAGAGUUGUCAAUGAGGUGCUCAGCACAGUCGACUUUGUUGCCCCUGAUGAUCGAGUCGUCUUCCGUACCUGUGCAAAAGAACAGAACAGGGUGGUCUUUCAGAUGGGCACUUCAGAUGCAGAGCGAGCCCUUGCUGUGGUCAGGCUUGUAGAAAAUGAUGUAGCUGGUAUUGACGUCAACAUGGGCUGUCCAAAAGAAUAUUCCACCAAGGGAGGAAUGGGAGCGGCUCUGUUGUCAGACCCUGACAAGAUCGAGAAGAUCCUCGGCACGCUUGUCAGAGGGACACGCAGACCUGUGACCUGCAAGAUUCGCAUCCUGCCAUCACUAGAAGAUACCCUGAGCCUUGUAAAGCGGAUAGAGAGGACUGGCGUUGCUGCUAUUGCAGUUCAUGGGAGGAAGCAUGAGGAGCGGCCUCAGCACCCUGUCCACUGUGAAGUCAUCAAAGCCAUUGCUGGAACCCUGUCCAUUCCUGUCAUAGCCAAUGGAGGAUCUCAUGACCACAUACAGCAGCAUUUGGACAUAGAGAACUUCCGACAAGCCACAGGUGCCUCUUCAGUGAUGGUGGCCCGAGCUGCCAUGUGGAACCCAUCUAUCUUUCUCAAGGAUGGGCUGCGUCCCCUGGAAGAGGUCAUGCAGAAGUAUAUCAGAUAUGCAGUGCAGUAUGACAACCACUACACCAACACCAAGUACUGUUUGUGUCAGAUGCUACGCGAACAGUUGGAGUCGCCCCAGGGAAGGUUGCUCCAUGCCGCCCAGUCUUCCCAGGAAAUUUGUGAGGCCUUUGGCCUUGGUACGUUCUACAAGGAGACCACACAGGAGAUAGAUGCCCGGAGGGUUGAGCUCUUGGCCAAGACUCCAGAAGAGGUUGGGGAGCCAGCUGAAGAUACCUCUGGUGUCAUUAAGAUGGCUGUCAAAUUUGAUCGGAGAGCAUACCCACCCCAGAUAACCCCGAAAAUGUGCUUGCUGGAGUGGUGCCGCAGAGAGAAGUUAGCACAGCCUGUGUAUGAAACGGUUCAACGACCUGUGGAUCGCCUAUUCUGCUCUGUUGUCACGAUUGCAGAACAAAAGUACCAGUCUACCUUAUGGGACAAGUCCAAGAAACUAGCGGAGCAGACUGCAGCCAUCGUCUGUCUGCGGAGCCAGGGCCUCCCUGAGGGUCAGCUGGGUGAGGAGAGCCCCUCGCACAAGCGCAAGUGGGAGGCCCCUGCCCAGGACCCUGGGGGCCCCAGAACUCAGAAGCCAGUACCACCUGGAGAGCUAUGCAAGAAGCCCUUUUCAACCUUGGACAAUGGUGAAGAGAGCCCCCUGGAAGGCUGGUGACUACUAGUACUGUCCCUGGUCUGGUGAUUCACUCCAUGGACUUAGCUCUAAGAUGGUCUUGGGUGCCAGAGGAUGAACCAGAUGCCACUGGACAAUUCACUGGCAGGAGUUACGGGUCCAGGUCCAGGCCAUUAGCCUGAAGCACAGGCCAAGGAAUACCCCAGGGUAGAUCCCUUCUCCCCUGGUGGGUCUGAGUUAUAGAACCAAGUUUCCAGCAACCUGAGUAUAUUUUUGAAAACAGGAAGCUUUUCAAGUAACACCUCCUCAACCUGAUUUUGGUACAGUGCAAUAAAGAUACUCCCUAACCUCA